UACGUGAGUGUGAUCACUCGUCACGCGAAGCCGAAGAAGGGAUGAUGUAAUAAAAUCGGAUAUAUUUUGAUAAGAUUGUUCUCUUUUGCACUUAUUCUUCGUUUUGCUGUGUAAAAAGCACACGAUGGAAACAUUGCAUGCAGUAACUGCAUUGCAAGACUAGCUAACACUGACUGUUGAGUCAUGAACUACACGAGGCUUAACUCCCAUGAUAGUCCUGAUGAAGAUCAGGAUGGAUCAGGCAAGCCCUCAGUUUGGCUUGAGCUGCACAAUCGCACCAUGGAGAGGGAGAAACUCAUCAGCGGCAACGGUAACCCUAGUUACGGAGAAGGCGCCACAUCUUUCGCUGACGACGACGAUCUUCUAGAUAUCAGUACGGACACUGACGGGUCUGUCUCGUUCCUCGGGGGUUUAUCCACACGCAGAAGACGCAGCGUAAACGGGACCGAAAAUGGAUCAGAUUCUUAUGAAGGAGGCACUGCCCCAGACCAGUAUGAGGACUUCCACACCAUCGAUUGGGCCAGGGACAUGCAGCGAUAUCGCAAGGAGCACAAGGCAGUGUCGCGACGCAGCUCCAGGUCAAUCUGGGGUCGCCUCAAGGGGUCGUUUUACGCAGUCUCGGCGUGGGUGGUGGUCCUGCUGGUCGGCAUCUUUGCUGGGGCAUUUGCUGGAAUCAUUGACAUUGGUGCAACCUGGCUGAGUGACAUUAAGUUGGGCGUUUGCAAGGACGCUUUCUGGCUGAACUGGGAGCAGUGCUGCUGGGUGCAGAACAACACGCAGUUUGGCAAUGAGGACGACAUCCAGUGCCUGACGUGGUUCCAGUGGUACGAGCUGUUCGGCCUGCAGGACCCGCAGGACUGGCGGGCGUACCUCGUCUCGUACCUGAUGUUUGUUGGCGCGGCUCUGCUCAUGUCGGCAUUGGCUGUGCUUCUAGUGCUGGCGUUUGCGCCGUACGCUUGUGGCUCUGGAAUACCCGAAAUCAAGACCAUUCUGAGCGGCUUCAUCAUGCGUGGCUUCUUCGGCAAAUGGACCCUACUGAUCAAGAGCAUCACCAUGAUCCUGGUGGUAGGGGCGGGGCUUAGCCUCGGCAAGGAGGGGCCGCUGGUCCACGUGGCCUGUUGCUGUGGAAACCUCUUCGCCCACCUCAUCCCCAAAUACGGCAAGAACGAGGCCAAGAAGAGAGAGAUGCUAUCUGCAGCUUCAGCAGCUGGGGUAUCCGUUGCGUUUGGUGCUCCUAUCGGUGGGGUGCUGUUCAGUUUAGAAGAGAUAAGUUACUACUUUCCACUAAAGACCCUGUGGCGGUCCUUCUUCUGUGCAAUGAUAGCUGCCUUUGUCUUGCAAGCCAUCAAUCCGUUCGGCAACGACCAUGCUGUCAAGUUUUACGUAGAGUACAACACCCCUUGGUACUUCUUUGAAAUCGUUCCAUUCAUCCUGCUGGGCAUAUUUGGGGGACUUUACGGCGUUGUGUUCAACCGACUCAACUUGAAAUGGUGCCAGCUUCGCAUCACGUCCAAGCUGGGAAAGUACCCAAUUACCGAGGUGCUUCUGGUUGCCUUGGCAACGGCACUUCUCAGCUACCCAAAUCCGUACUCCAGACUAAACACAAGCCAGCUGAUAGCGGCUCUGUUCCGUGAAUGCGGACCGCAAGAUGCCAUUGGAUUCUGCGAUUACAAUCGUACUUACACCAGAACCGACCAGCACUGGUACCCAUCUGCCGAGGCCCAGCCAGGGCUCAUAGCUGCUAUGUGGCAACUACCGUUAGCCAUGAUACUGCAAGGCAUUCUCACUGUCUUUACCUUCGGGCUCAAGGUACCAGCUGGUCUGUUUAUCCCUACAAUGGCUGUAGGUGCAAUAGGGGGACGCUUGAUGGGGAUAGCAAUGGAGCAACUCGCAAUCGAACACCCUGACCUGUUGAUAUUCACCGGGUGUUUUGACAGCGGCAAGUGUAUUACGCCGGGCCUGUAUGCUAUGGUAGGGGCUGCAGCCACACUGGGUGGAGUCACACGCAUGACCAUUUCUCUAGUGGUCAUCAUGUUUGAGCUGACCGGUGGUCUGACAUACAUCGUUCCACUCAUGAUUGCGUGUAUGGUCAGCAAGUGGGUGGCCGAUGCAUUCGGCAGGGAUGGAAUCUAUGACGGCCACAUACAUCUGAAUGGUUAUCCCUUCUUAGACGGCAAGCAGGAGUUCAUGCGCACAACUCUGGCAUACGAUGUGAUGUCCCCACGGCGAACUGACCCUCCUCUCCUCACAAUCACCAUGGAUACAUCAACAGUUGAAGAACUAGAAAACCUGACGACAGAAACACGGUUCAACACGUACCCGGUGAUCGUGUCCAAAGACUCCCAGCGUCUGGUCGGUGUGGUGUACAGAAAAGAGCUCAUCCAUGCAUUAAAGCAAGCCAGGAAGAACCAGACUGGCAUCGUCAGCCAGUCCAAGGUCUACUUCACCCGGAAGGUCCCCAAGUUUCAAGUCCCUGGCAUCCCGCAGCACCUCAGCUUGCUCAGUAUCCUGGACGGUAGUCCAGUGACUAUCACUGACCAGACGCCCAUGAGCACCGUUGUGGACAUGUUCAAGAAACUCGGUAUUAGAACGUGUCUUGUCACACAUAACGGACGGUUGCUUGGAAUCAUCAGCAAGAAAGACGUCCUGCGACACAUCGCCGAGCUGGACCACCAGGACCCCGGUUCGACGUUCUUCCACUGAACAAACUCCGUCCAAAUUUCCAUAGUCCAAAUUCCAAUUCCAACAGAGACAUGCCCUAGUUGUCUCCCAUUUAUUCUUAGCACCAUGUGCUGUUUCCAAUUUCUUCUACCAAACAAAAUCUUCAUUCUCUGAAGUGGGUGGCUGUGUUUCAGAGAAGUUCUACCUACCGUUGUUUGGGCGUUUAUGAACUUUUCUUUGAUUUUUCACUAACUUUUGUCAUACUGAAAAUUUUAUAUGUUAGUCAACAAGUUAACAUUUUGUUGUCUGUGAAGGAAGUUCACAGUAAUUUCUAUGUGUAUAUUUCAGUACUUUAAUUUGCAGCAUUCACUCAAAGAGAAGUUGUGCUUGCAAUACCUCUAUAUCAUUUAUUUAAAAAAAGGUUUGUUAUAUUAUAUACUAAGUAUUAUUUUUGAUGUGGAUUAGGUGGAAUUUACCAAAAAAGUGACAUUUCCCAAAUUCAUUCUUAUUUCCAUUUCAUCAUGCAAAGUUUAAAAUAACACGAAAUAAAUAUGUUGCAGGGUACUAAAAAUUCCUCCUGCUUUAACUAACGAUUUCCUUCAAAGGUUUAUGCUCAGCAAAAUGUAGUGUGUAAUUAAGAUAAUUUAUAGCUACGAGGUAAGUGGGCUGUGGGCUAUGGGCUCUGUGCACAGGUACCCCUUCAACGGCCAGAAAAGGAGAGUUGGGGGUGGCCUAGACUGGUUCCCGAUCCAUCCACUGCGUAUUUUGAAUGAUCCAAAGUUAUUGGGGGCGAGGUUUAGUUCGGGAGCCUGACGCUCACCCGAAGACGCUGUAGCUAAUAAUAGCUUUGGCACAUUCAGGAAGUCGUGCGUACUUCGCGCGCGAACCAGUACACUACACACAUGCUGUGUAUCCUGUCCACAGAGCUCUCAAUAGUGGUAAAAAUGCGCCCUCUUUUGUUGGCGCAUAGAGCCAAUAACCAAAGUAAUGACAUUAUAUUAUGGAGAGAAAUUCACUCCGCAAAAUCUCAAAAUUAAAAUGUUGACUAACUUAUGGAAUAAACUUUCCCCUUUACUUUGGCAAAAAAAAAAUGUUACAGAUGAUGUGCAUCAAUAGAUAAUUCUUUUGGCUUCACAAGUGACUUCUUGUUGGUGUUUUUUUUGGUGUUUUUUUUUAAAUCAAACCAUGUUUUCUGGCUCAUGCUUAUUGCUCAUGUAUUUGUUUACAAAUAGUAUUUCUGUAAGAGUACAUGUAAUUUUACAUCUUUUCCAUCAAAGCCAAAGUAUGUCUGUAUAUCAUGAGUGAAGCACUAUAUUUUAUUUAACGAUGGUUCAGUAAAACCAAACGGGGAUAAACAAUUAAAAUUGUUUAUGCUGA